GAAAAGGGCCAAAGUGGCAUAUAUACUUACUUUUACUCGUCGAUCUUUCGCUCUCAGUACAUACCAUCAUCGACCAAUCAAUCACACUUUUCGUAGAAUGGCAGCAACAACAUCCAACGGCGUGCAAUCAGCGUACUCUGCAUACCCCGCUAUCCCAGGUGUUGAGCCACAAAUCUGCGCACUCGACGCGUUCCGUCUCGCCGUCGCAUCCAAGCUCGCAGCUCCGCUCGGCAUUCCUAUUGAAAAAGCCUACGAGGGCAUCGACAUCGGCAAGAAAGAGGCAGACUUCACCGUCGCCAUCCCCAGGUUCCGCCUCAGUGGCAAGCCAGAUGAGUGGGCAAAGAAGGUCGUCGACGCCUUCCAGCCGGACGAUAUGGUUGAGAGCGCGGUGCAGGAUAAGGCCUUCGUCUCGUUUAUGAUGCGGACUCCGACGCUGGUGCGGAAAGUGCUGGACCAGAUUAACGACCUUACCUAUCACACGCCGAGCAAGAAGGCGGAGUAUGGGUGCAACCAUAGUGGAAAGGGGAAGAAGGUCAUCAUCGAAUACUCCUCUCCAAACAUCGCGAAAGAGUUCCAUGCUGGUCAUCUGCGGUCAACCAUCAUUGGCGCAUUCCUGUCCAAUGUCCACCGAGCUACGGGAUGGGACGUCACGACGAUCAACUACCUCGGCGACUGGGGCAAGCAGUUCGGUAUGGUCGCGGUCGGAUUCGACCGGUACGGCUCAGAAGAGGCGUUGAAGACGGACGCGAUCCACCAUCUGUACGACGUGUACGUCAAGAUCAACCGGGAUGGAGAGAAGGAAGGUGAAGAAGGCAAGGCAGUGCACGAUGCUGCGCGGGAGUUCUUCAAGCGCAUGGAAGACGGCGACGAGGCUGCUGUCAAGCAAUGGAAGCGGUUCCGCGACUUCUCGCUGGAGAGGUAUAAGCAGAGCUACGAGCGGCUCAAUAUCGAGUUUGACGUCUAUGGAGGCGAGAGCACCGUCAGCCAGAAGGCGAUGCAAGACGCGGUGGAGAAGAUGCAGACUAUGGGGCUCGUGGAGACUGGAGAGGACGGAGCGAAGCUUGUUAAACUGGACAAGUGGAAGCUGGGAAGCACGAUAUUGCAGAAGAAGGAUGGCACUUCACUCUACAUCACACGGGAUAUUGCGGGUGCCAUCGAACGGUACGACAAGUACCAUUUCGACAAGAUGAUCUAUGUCGUCGCCUCGCAGCAAGAUCUUCAUUUAGCGCAAUUCUUCAAGGUACUCGACCUCAUGGGCCUACCCUGGGCCAAGACGCUUGAGCACGUCAACUUUGGCAUGGUCGCUGGCAUGUCCUCCCGGAAAGGCACCGCCGUCUCACUAGAUCAUAUCCUCAACGAGGCCGGCGAGGUCAUGCACGAGCAGAUGAGGAAGAACGAGGCCAAGUAUGCGAAUGUCGAGAAUCCCGAAAAGACAGCGGACGAGAUUGGCAUGAGCGCAGUCAAGAUCCAGGACAUGGCGGCGAAGCGGAUCAACAACUACACGUUUAACUGGUCGCGGAUGCUCUCCUUCGAGGGCGACACUGGCCCUUACCUGCAGUACGCCCAUGCCCGGCUCUGCUCUGUCCAGCGGCGGGCGGCCGACGCUGGGCUCACGAUCCCCACCGAUGUCAGCACGGUGAAAACGGAGCUGCUGGUCGAAGCCGGCGCGCGGGCGAUCGUUGCUCUCCUCGCGGCGUACCCCGACGUCGUGCGGACUGCGCUCAAGACGUAUGAACCGUCGGGCGUGGUGACUUACCUGUUCAAGCUGAGCCAUGCGAUUUCCGGAGCAUGGGAGACGCUUGUCGUCCUAGGCCAGGAGAAGGAGCUGGCUUUGGCUCGGCUGUGGUUGUUCGUCUGCGCGAGGGACGUACUGGGUACCGGGUUGAGGCUGCUUAGCUUGCGGCCGCUGGAGAAGAUGUAGAUCUCGACAAUUAAGAGGCAAGAUUAGAGAUUGUGCCACUAGCCUUACUCAUGUGCCUGUCCACAUACUCGCCACAGGGCAUGUUAUAAUAUUAAC